AUGGUGCUCGUCAAAGAAUACCGCGUCGUUUUGCCUGUGUCGGUGGAAGAGUACCAGGUGGGGCAGCUGUACUCCGUUGCUGAGGCCAGCAAGAACGAAACUGGCGGGGGCGAAGGGGUGGAAGUGCUGGUGAAUGAGCCCUACGAGCGAGACGGAGAGCGGGGGCAAUACACCCACAAGAUAUACCACUUGCAGAGCAAAGUCCCUCCCUUUGUGCGGAUGCUGGCCCCUGAGGGUGCCCUGGACAUUCACGAGAAGGCCUGGAACGCCUACCCUUUCUGCCGGACCGUUAUAACGAACGAGUACAUGAAGGACGAUUUUCUGAUCAAAAUUGAAACCUGGCACAAAGCAGAUAUGGGCAUGCAGGAGAAUGUCCAUAAACUGGAUCCUGAGGAGUGGAAGAACGUGGAGGCCGUUUCCAUAGACAUUGCGGACCGGAGCCCUGUGCUUUCCAGGAUCUGGGGCUCUGGGGAGGAGGGGGGCCGCCCUGGCUGGGGCGACUCCUCCUGAACGGCUGGUGGCCUCUGGUCUUUUCAGAAGGAGCUGGGCAAGCAGGCCGAAUGCCCGCACAUGUGUGCUUACAAGCUGGUCACGGUCAAAUUCAAGUGGUGGGGUCUGCAGAACAAAAUCGAAAACUUUAUCCAGAAGCAAGAGAGGCGGCUUUUUACAAAUUUCCACCGGCAGCUGUUCUGCUGGCUUGAUAAAUGGGUCGACCUGACCAUGGAGGACAUUCGCCGGAUGGAGGACGAGACGAAGAGGCAGCUGGACGAGAUGAGAGAGAGAGACCCUCUGAAAGGCAUGUCAGCUGCAGACGAGUAGCCUG